GUGGAGGAGGAGGAGGAGGAGGAGGAAAAGGUGGAAUUGGAAGGGUCGACGGAAGGAGGAAAAGAAGGAAGGAUCGUAAUAAUGAGGAGCCCCGAGAAAAGAGACUACGAAAAGGGUGCGGGAGAAGGUUGGUUGUUUGGUUGGUUGGUUGGUUGAAAGGAAGGAAGGAAGGAAGGAAGGAAGGAAGGAAAGAAAAGAAAAGGAGAGGGUCUUUUCUCGGGAAACGAUCAGUCAGUGUAGUGGUCCAACGAGAAGGACGAGGACCCGUCCUUGGUGUUUGUUGGUCGAGGUGUAUUCAUUGAGAGAGGGUAGAUUCUUCACUGUCCAAUACUGUACAAUAACAAUACAACACACAACCAAACAACAACGAUAGCCACAUCUAAAGCGACGCAACUACGACGAAGAGGAGGAUCGUUCGAAGAAAGGAAGAGAGAGAGAGAGAGAGAGAGAGAGGAAGAGGAGAAUAAUAAGUGGUGUGGUGUGGUGAGGCGAGGCGAAGCGGGGCGAAGAAAUUAAGAGGAGAAAAGAGUUGGACAGUAGUAAGGAAAGAGUCUCGAGCGUGUGUGUAGAGAAGAGAGAGAGAGAAAGAGAUAGAGAGAGACCGAAUCGAGCCGGGCCGAACCGAGCCGCGCCGAGAGUAGCGUAAAGGCCAAGUCGAGCCGUGCCGAGCUGAGCCGAGCUGAGCCGAAGGUUAUAUACCGGUGUCAGGCUGCAUGAGCAGGCGCGCGCGUCCUAUCCUCUUGCGCGCGUCCAGCCGAGCGAGCAAGUAAGCAAGCAAGCAAAUAAGCAAGCAAGCAAGCAAGUGAACGAACAAGAGUGUAAAGGAGCGUAAUCAUUGACCACAGCAAGUCUAUCCAAGAUCGUAAGAGGAGGACGUAAUCGAGAAACAGAUAUAUAGAAAGAAAGAAAACGAACAAGAAGGUGGGAGGAAGGCAGGCAAACAGAGAUAAGAAUUGGAAUAAGUAGAAGAAGCAGUAGCGUGAUCUCUUUCUCGUAGAAGUUGUGUGCGCGUCUGAUCGCGGCUGAUUCGCGCGCGCGCGCUCCUAGCCGGCCGUGUAUGGACGUCGUCACGCAUGGUGCACGCACCGAGGAGGACAAGGCUCAAGCCCUGGAAUCCGGCUCUCGUUUACGUUCCUCUGCACGUCUUGGUUAUCUCAACUCUUCUUCGGCGGCUAAUUUAUCUUCAUCUUCUGCGACGAUUACAGCAGCAGGAACAGGAACAGGAGGAACAACAGGGAACACUACUAACACUACUACAACCACCACCGCUACCACUACUGCCACUACCACCUGCCGAACAUCAGGUAAACGUAAAAGAAAGAGGAAGAGGCGUCAACAACGAACCAGCAACACCAACGACAACGAUAAUAACGAAAACAACGACGUUGACGAAGCCGACGGUCUUCAAACCGUCCUUGAAUCCUCAUCUUCCUCGGUAUCCCGUACUCACACCAAUUUGUCUAUCCCUAUCGAGGAUAAUCUUUUAUCAUCGCCUAGUGGAAAUAACACAAACACCGGUGGUGGUGGUGGUGGUGGUGGUCCAAGUGCAACAACCACUGCUGGAUCUUCUUCGAUUGGUAGAAGAAACGACGAAGGAACAUCCCGCCAUCGACACAACCAUAACAACAACAACAACAACAACAAUAGUUGUAGUAGUAACCACCACCGUCAGCAGCAACGAUCCGAGAAUAACGACGAUAAUACGGCUACUGGCGGUGGUGGUGGUGGUAGUAGUAGUGGAACCCGUGGCGAAGUUGAAGAAGAAUACAACAAUAACAAUCACCAUCACGAGGAAGAAGAAGAAGACGAGGAAUUGGUGGGCGGGGAAAGAUCGAACGAGAGGAAUCAUCGAAAUACAGGAAACGGCUCAUCCCCGAACACUACUACUACUGCUACUACUAAUACCACUACUACGACAACGACACUGCGUAACGGUGGAAAUAACAGCAACACUCGUGCAUCAGCUUCUUCAACUGCUGCUACUACUGCUUCUGCUGCUGCUGAUUCUGCGGCCGCAUCUUCUUCUUCUUCCGUACCUUCUCUCGCCGACAUCACGUUUCUCAAUCGAAGAACGGCCAAACGAUCGGCCAGGAGAUGUAACAACGCGAGCGGUCGCAGGAACGCGAUGACGAUGGAUCUCCAGAGGCUGAUCAAUGAAGUGCACGCUAGACCGGCUAUCUGGGAUCAGAAGAACGUUAACUAUCACAAUCGCGACGUCAUACUGAAGAUGUGGCGGGAGAUCGCGAGAGCCUGCGAAGUUUCCACCGACGUCGCGAAAUCGAAAUGGAAACAUCUAAGAGACAACUUUAGGAACGAAUUGAAGAAGACUUAUCGUGGAAAAUGUGAUGGGAGUUUAGGUGGUGGUAGCGAGCACGAUUCCAAGUGGGUAUGGUUUAGGAGUUUAUUCUUUUUGAGGGACCAAAUGAAUUCUCGGGUUAUUGGAUGUGCCCUAAAUCAAAAUUGUGCGGCAUUACGUUCAUCUCCCGAUGGUACGCAGAUCGAACCACAAAUAGACAUACUUGAGGGUCACGAGGAAACCCAAUUUGACGAUCUCGAUGGUGACUCUUGUCAAUCUUUGUUAUCAAAUGAUGAUGGUCUGCAUCACGUGAUGCCACCACCUAAAAUGAAUAAAAUAGGAAGGAAAAGAAUUCUUAUGGAAGCUAUGGACAAUGAUUAUCCUGAAAUGGAUAGGAAAAGGUAUGACGUAUUGCAAAAAAGAUUGAUUCUCAAUCAGGAGGAGGAAGAUGACACUUAUCACUUUUUAAUGAGCGUUAAAAAUCCAUUGAAAAGUCUUCCCCUCGAUAGACAAAUGUUUGUCAGGUUAAAAAUCCAAGAAAUUGUUUACAACGAGAUCAAUUCGCAAAACCAUCAAAUACGUAGCUACGAUAAUUCGCAAGACGUUAAACCAUUGAAAUCUCAGAACGAUAAUGGUAACGAAAGUACCGGUAAUAAUGGAAAUAACGGUGAUGUUGUCAGCGAUAUGUCGAAUCCAGCAUCGUUACUACAAAAUUGCGCUACCGAGGGUUCCAGUGACGACGCUUUCUUCGGUUAAAAAUUUAUUUAUAUGUUUAUGUUAUUGAACUUUGUAAGAACAAUAAUUUUAUUAAUAGAGAAUAAAU